AUGAGGCAAUUAUCCUGGAUAUUCCUUCAGCUUCUCUUGCUCACUUCGACGAUCUCGUCGAGUCUGUCAGCCUCGACGAAGUCUCGAGGGAAGAAAAAGAUCGCGAAAGAGACGAAAGAGGUGAACAUCUGCGAUAUGGAACAGAAACAGGAUCCCUUGUACUGUUACUGUGACAAUAAGACCAUAAGAAACGCCACGGACUCCACUUGUUUGGUGUUGAAUCCAUUUGGUAGCAACGAUCCGAUUUGGAACUACUUCACCUCUCAGUUGUAUCUGCAGAAACUGAAGUUCGUGGUCAGAACACCGAAUGGAUUAGAGUAUAUACCUGUUCCGUUGCUCAGGCAAUUGAAGAACCUGCAGAAGAUCACGUUCCACGACGCGAGCAUCAACGAACUGCCCAAGUACGCGUUCUCCAACCUGACCACCAUGACGGAGAUCGAUCUGAGCAGGAACUCUAUCUCCACGCUGAGAGCGCACGCAUUCGAGAACAUGAAGAACUUGACCGCGAUCUACUUGAACGAGAACAGGAUCACUGAGAUUAACAGGGACACGUUCAUCAAUCUGCCCUCGCUGAAGGUUCUCCACCUGAAUGAGAACAACAUCAGCACGCUGCACGACAAGGCGUUCAAGCACCUCACCUCGCUCGAGGAGCUCGAGCUGUUCGACAACGAGAUCAAGGUGAUCACCGCGGACAGUUUCCAUGGUCUGAGGAACCUGGAAAGGCUGAACUUGCGCAACAAUCUGAUCGCAAUGAUCGGCGAUCGCACGUUCAUCGAGAUGCCAUCGUUGAGAGAGCUGGAGCUCGAUCAGAACGAGAUCGAGUAUAUCUCGGAGAAGGCGUUGGACGGAAUGAGGAAUCUGAGGAAACUGAAACUCAGUGAGAACGAGCUGGUCACGUUGGAGCCGGAUUUCCUCGCCGGUGCACCGGGCAUCUAUAUGCUCGACCUCAGGGACAAUUUGCUGAAAACGAUGACUUUCGAUAACAUCAAGCCUAUCGUCACAAAUUUGUACAACAAUACCAGCUACUUCUACCUGCUUGGUGAGUGA